GAUAGGAAGAAGGAACGCUGCUGAGGCGACAACAGAGUGGAAAUCUCCUUUUUGGUGUCCUGCAGGAGAAAACGUCUCUGUUUGGGAGAGGAGUUGUGUCUUGGGGAGAGGGAAGGGCGUGAGUGAGCAUGCUCUGUUCGGACUGACAUUGGAUGCCAGCUUAGUUUGGUCCUUGCACAGAAGCAGGCAGCUGCAGAGACACCUACCCCACUGCAGGGGACAAAAAGAUCAUCAGUGGGAUAAAAACAACAGGAGCAGAAGAGGAAUUUCCUCCAGACGUUCCCUCUGAGGACACCAGGCGCUCUGAGCCAUGGCUUCCUGUGUCCUGUAGGAACAGAUUUGCACCGUAUGGAUUUUCCUCAGCCCUGUUCUUUUUUUUUUUUUUUUCCCCCGAAAGCUCCAGUUUUAGAAAUGGCUGUUGGAGGAACAUGGAGCUGUUCAAACUGCAGCAGAGGAGGGCAGAGUAGUCCAUGAUCGUUUGGCCAAAGGCACGGCGACGCUGGAACUUGGACACUGUUUAUUGCCCGUUGUGUGAGGGGAAACGUAACGAGUCGGCGGCGCUGCUGUCAGAGUCCGUCCCGUCAGCGCCCCCCUGAUUCCUCACAGCCAGGUUCCACUCAUCAGUUUCAAAACAUGCUGUGGAGCACAUCCAAGAUUUUUCUCAAUUUGAAGCUUAUGCUUUUAUCUGGCUGCUAAGGAUCCUGUUCCCGUUAUAUGGACACCAUUUUUGUUUCUGUGGACCACCAUAAGCUUCCUAUACUGGGGAGUGGGAGGAGGAAAUGUGAGCCUGGAUUCUGGAAAAAAGGCUGGAGUGAUGUGGCACGGGGGGGCCGCAUGAAUGUCUGUGGUGAAACCCAAGCCAGCAAGUGUAGCUCUGCAUUCUCCACCCUGGAAGUCCUUGUUGAGACUCUUCCCAUGUGUGACCGCAAGGAGCGUCCUUUCGAAUAAAGAGGUCCCAACAUUUCAAGAUCAGACGAAAGCCUUCUUUGGAAAUCUUAUGGACGAAGAAAUGAGUCGCCAGACCGCCACCGCGCUGCCCACAGGAACCUCCAAGUGCCCCCCCUCUCAGCGCGUGCCCACCCUGUCGGGCACCAACGCCUCCAACAGUGACCUGGCCAGCCUGUUUGAGUGCCCCGUCUGCUUCGACUAUGUGCUGCCCCCCAUCCUGCAGUGUCAGUCGGGACACCUGGUGUGCUCCAACUGCCGGCCAAAGCUCACCUGCUGUCCCACCUGCAGAGGUCCCCUGGGCUCCAUCAGGAACCUGGCCAUGGAGAAGGUGGCCAACUCGGUCCUGUUCCCCUGUAAGUACGCCUCGUCGGGCUGCGAGGUCACGCUGCCGCACACCGACAAGACGGAGCACGAGGAGCUGUGCGAGUUCCGGCCGUACUCCUGCCCCUGUCCCGGCGCCUCCUGCAAAUGGCAGGGCUCCCUGGACGCCGUCAUGCCGCACCUGAUGCAUCAGCACAAGUCCAUCACCACGCUGCAGGGGGAGGACAUCGUCUUCCUGGCCACGGACAUCAACCUCCCCGGCGCCGUGGACUGGGUCAUGAUGCAGUCCUGCUUCGGCUUCCACUUCAUGCUGGUCCUGGAGAAGCAGGAGAAGUACGACGGACACCAGCAGUUCUUCGCCAUCGUGCAGCUCAUCGGGACUCGGAAGCAGGCCGAGAACUUCGCCUACCGACUGGAGCUGAACGGCCACCGGCGCCGGCUCACCUGGGAGGCCACGCCCCGCUCCAUCCACGAGGGCAUCGCCACGGCUAUCAUGAACAGCGACUGCCUGGUGUUCGACACGUCGAUCGCGCAGCUGUUCGCCGAGAACGGGAACCUGGGCAUCAACGUCACCAUCUCCAUGUGCUGAGAACGCUCGGCAGACGAACGUUAGAGUGCAAGGCUGCUAGGGAGGGGGCCAUUUUAAUAGGGGGCCCUAUCAGUUGGGAGCCCGUGGCCCCACCCUGUUUCUGCUACACCCCUGAGACGUGGAACUGGACCGUGCUGGGGCAGCGCUGAAGGCCCAGGGGUGAUGGACGGACAGACGGACGGAUGGAUGAAUGAGUGAAUGGAUGGAUGUUAAAAACAAGGAUGUAACCGUGUAGAGGACAUCUUCCCAGACACUCGGACCCGCCAAGCGCAUGUGUCAUAACCGGACUCGACGUGAGGCUCCCCAACAUUUCAGGACGAGGCCCGUCUCACUAAAGACGUUCUGACCCGCCCUUCAGAACCCAGCCUGCUACCUGGCUGCCCCCUCUCAUAUAAAACGUCUCUGAACCCAAACCUUCAUCCUCCCAUCUGCAUACGGGUCCAUCUGGACCAGAUCUAGAAGUUUGGAAGCGGACCUCAGCUGCUCUCGGUUGGUUCUGAUUGCAUCGCCGGGGUCCGGUCCGAUCCGGUCCGAGGGCAAAGCUGCAUUUCAGUUCUUCAGACUCUUUGUUUUGUUUUAUCGUUUUUGUCUGAGAGGUCGACGGACUCGCCGCCAUCCAACGCCCAGCCUGGAACCAGGGAAACUUUCUACGGUUCAGACGUCGCUGUCGUUAAAAACAAAUAGAUCAUAAUUCUCAUCUUUUGUAAAGAAUUUUAUGAAUUAAAAGGCAGUUUGUGAAAUUAGUGGCUAAACUUCAGUGUUUCUGGUGAAAAGAAGAAAAGUCUGUUGGGUUGUUUUCCUCUCUGUUCUCAUGUUGGUGAGAUAUUUCUGUUCUACCGUUUAGUUUUCUUCUCUGUGGAGGACCCCCCCACCCCACCCCCGUUCUUCUCGGUAAUGUUGCUGCUCUUCCUCAGAAGCUCCAUGACUUCUCUCUGUUUUCAUUUGUCGUUAAAUAAAUCUAUCUUUUUCAUU